CGCAGCGUUAGGGCGCAGCUGCAGAUCAUGCAAGCCCUGCCCGGGCUCCGGCUCCUGACUCGCCUUCCGCGCUGGGGGCAGGCGGCGCGAGCGGCACCGGCGAGAGCAGCGGCCCGGCGCGCGUGGUGCUCCGCGGCCGAGAGCGAGGACAAGGCGGGCGGCGCCCAAGGACAGCAGCGCCCGCCCUUCGACCCUGGCCUGCUGGAGAUCCUCGCGUGCCCCUUGUCCAAGAAACCGCUCAGGUAUGAAGAAUCCACCAAUGAACUAAUUAACGAAGAUCUGGGUAUUGCCUACCCCAUCACUGAUGGCAUUCCUAAUAUGAUACCCCAGGCUGCAAGGAUGAUUGGCAAAGAGAAGCAGGAAGAGGAGCCCGGGCAGACCUAG